ACCACUCCUCCUCCUGCGUCGUACUGCAGACUGAACCACAACGUUCCGGUCCUCCGCCUGUGGUUCGACGAGGAGGCGGAGCUAAAGCAGGACUUUGGGGUCAGCAGGAGGACUCUGCGGGGUCUGCAGCGGCUCCUGCACCGGGACCAGGACCACGGCUGGGGUCACCAGCUGGAGGUCCUGAUCUACGUGUACUGGCUGGCUCACGGGCUGUCCUACCGCUUCGUGUCCCGAGUCUUCAACGUGCCCCGGUCCACGGUCCACCGGGUCAUCCACAAGGUGGCCCAGAGCAUGUGGCUCCACCUGAACCGGGCCGUCCGGUUCCCGAGGCCCGAGSACCUGCAGGAGUCCGGGCGCAGGUUCGCCGAGCUGUCGGGGAGCGCGGCGUUCRGGGGCGUGGCCGGGGUCCUGGACAGCACCCACAUCAGGAUCAAAGACCCCCAGCAGCACCGCGGGGACUACCUGAACCGGGCCGGGUUCUGCUCGGUCCACAUGCAGGUCAUCUGUGGACCCGACGGCAGGUUCUUGGACAUCUUCGUGGGUUACCCAGGAUCAGUUCCAGAGGCCCAGGUCCUGAGGAGCAGCAGCUUCUACAGAGCCCGAGGCUUCCCCCCACCGGGUCACUUCCUGCUGGGGGGGGACGGGUACCCCUGUCUGGACUCCCCCGUCUGCCUCAUCACACCCUACCAGGAGCCCGGACCCCUGCAGGACCGCUUCAACCAGCAGCACCRCAGGGCCCGCAGCGUGACCCGCAGGGCCUUCGGACUGAUGAGGACCAGGUGGAGGUCCACCCUCUUCAGGUCCCUGGAGGUCAAACCCACCUUCGCCCCCCAGGUCAUCGCCUCCUGUGCUUUUCUGCACAACGUCUGUCAGGACCACCAGGACAUGCUGCAGGUGGACCAGGACCACCAGGACCUCCUGGACCCCCCACCUCCUGCUGAGCCCCUCGCAGAGGGCGAGAGUCCAGGAGGACCCACCAGAGACAGACUGGCUGGUCUGAGCGCGCUCAGGGAAUAAUUCUACUUCCUGUUUGGUUUUUAUCAAUAAAGUUUUAUUUUCUUUCAGAA